AUGGAUGACGCGGAUCUCUUUGAUGGGGACGAUGAUGCCGCGCUGCGAUACGCCAUCGAGCUGUCUCUGCAAGAGGCAGGACAAUCGAUCGAACUCCCAAGCUCUAAAGACGCCACAGCGACUGGCUCCAUAGUCAUAAGCUCAGAUGACGAGGACGAUGAUCUCGAUCGCGGCCCGCGCUUUCCUUCCACUACACCCAAGACCCAGACUCCCGGGGCGCAGUCUUCAGAGCUUAAGCAGCCUGCGAUCGGCCCCGUACAGACACCCAGCGGCCUUGCCAGUCUCGAUCGCAAAAGGAUGGAGGAAGAACGUCUUGCACGGCUUGGGAAGCGCAAGGUGCCCAAUUCUGCUGAAUCGUCUCCGGCUCCGAGCCAAAAGGUCAAAGUCCACCACCAAACCACAGCCGGCCAGUCAGGUUCCGCCAUACCGUCGCAAGGGUUUCAUCCACCCGCAGCCAAGAGCUCCCUCCAGUACCCGCGCGGUGCUGUGAAGAAGACAUGGGCAUACGGAUAUCCGCGGAACGGCGACGACAUCAAGAUCGAAGAGGUGUUGAGAAGAGACGAGCUCCAGCUCGCUGUGCUCAGUUCAUAUCAAUGGGACGAAGAGUGGCUCCUGUCAAAGGUCGACGUGCGCAAGACGAAACUGCUCCUCGUCGCCUUUGCUGACAACGAGCUGAAGAAGCAGCAGAUCGCUGCGAAUGCGCCGAGCAGCAAUGUACGGUUCUGCUUCCCGCCGAUGUUGCCGUACGGAGCCAUGCACUCCAAGCUGCAGCUUCUGAAGUAUUCGAACUCAUUAAGGAUUGUCGUGCCCAGCGGUAAUUUGAUGCCGUAUGACUGGGGCGAGACCGGAGUCAUGGAGAAUAUUUUGUUUCUCAUCGACCUGCCCUACAUCACGGACCCCAAACUGAGAUCGGAGAAUACGCUCACACCAUUCGGGCACGAUUUGUCCUGUUUCCUUGAAGCACAGGGGCUAGACCAGGGCCUCGUCAAGAGCCUCAAAAACUACGACUUCUCAGAAACCGGGCGUUACGCUUUCGUGCACUCCAUAGGCCAGCCGGUCAACGAUGACAGAUGGUCAAAAACCGUCAAACCUAUGGCUGAUGUGACUUCAGGAUGCUGUGGACUUGGGACUGCUGUCUCCAAUCUCUCCCUAGGCACGACCACCGAUAUAGAAAUCGACUACGCAGCAUCCUCACUGGGCGCCCUCAAAGAAGACUUCUUGAGAGCCAUAUAUUACGCAGCUCAAGGGGACAGCGGCAUGCGGAGACACAAGGAAAGAGCCGCAAUUGCUGCCAGAAGACUGGCCGCGCCAGCAGCCAGCAGCGACAUCAAGACGAGGUUCCGCAUUUACUUCCCUUCUUACGACACCGUUGCAAGCAGCCGGGGUGGGACGCAGUCCGCCGGUACGAUAUGCGUUCAACGCGAUUGGUGGGAGGCACCAACGUUUCCCCGAGGCAUGAUCCGCGAGUGCAAGAGUGUCCGGCCGGGACUUCUGAUGCAUAGCAAAGUGAUGCUCGUCCGUGCUGGGGAUUCGACUCCUGCUUGGGCAUAUGUAGGAAGUGCCAAUAUCUCCGAAAGUGCCUGGGGCCGUCUCACCGUCGAUAAGAAGACUGGCCAGAAGAAAAUGACUUGCAGAAAUUGGGAGUGUGGCGUUCUCGUCUCGGGAACCAAGCCGUCAUUGACGGCCCGAUACGAGAAGCCCGACCUGGCCUCUGCCUUUGCGGGCAUCAUUCCGGUGCCAAUGAAAGAAUCGGUCGAUGGUUAUGGAGCAGACCAGGACAGGAAACCAUGGUACUACCGAGAGGCGUGAUCGUGGCAAGAAAAAGCAAUACUCAGCCCGCCACAAUAUCGCCACAUCCCCGGAUCUGCAAUCAAUCAGCUCCCAAUAGCGACUGCCGACACGAGGAGACGGCAUAUACGUUUUGGGCCGAGUCCAAUCGCCACUUUGAACGGCAUUCACUAGUUCUCGAGACACAUGUUUCAGGCCUUGCAAGGUACUCGUCCCCAUUGAGCGGCACCUUCUGGCACCUUGUCGUCGGCGACACCCGAACCGUCAGCGCGCGUUCCUGGCUGGUGGAUCCUACCUAACUGCACGCUAGCAAGAUGGGUCCUGUACUAAAUUGUCGUCUGCAGCCCCCACAGUUGUCCAAGGGGCUCCACCAAUACACCACAGCAUG